UCUCGACUCUCCCGUUCCAGUUCCAGUUCCCGUUCCAGUUCCUCUUCCAGUUCCAUUCCCGCCUUGUCACGCCCUCGUCGUCUGCGCGAAACACCGACUCAAAGACUCUCUCACCACCACACCCUCCCAACGCUACCUACAGUUCAAAUCACACAACCAACUGCGCAUCGUCCCCCGUCUUCAACCUCGACCUGCUCCCCGUCGCCAACUCCGUCCCCGGUCUCCGGAUCCCCCCAACUCCCUAAAGCCCCGGCCGAGCAGCGACCAGGAUGGUGCAAAACGGUGUUUUGUUCACUCAGUAAAUGACAUGGAUGCGCAGAAUGCUGUCGAGCCCGCCUCCAAGAAGCCUGCUGUCAGAGCUGCUUCGCCCAAGCGCCAGGGCAGCGAUUCCGAUCAAGCCAGGUCCUCCACCGUGAUCCGAACAUCAUCGACUUCGACUACGCAGUCGACCAGUGCGAGAUUCGACCCCAUCUUCAGGAGCGACAAGAACGAUAGAGAUAACAAGCAUCGCAACAACGAGGACCACGACGACUCCUUGACGGCCGAGGGCAACAGCGACGCCGAAACCAUUGUGCUGCCUGGCAAGGACGGCCACCACUCGCCCGUCAAAGUCCGCAAGCCCGUCACCAAACAAAACGACAACCGCAGCGAUGACGACGAUGUCGUGUCGUCGCACCGCAAGCACGCUAACCACAGCAGCAGCAGACAGCAGCAGCAGCAGGACCGUGAGAGCGACAGAGGCGAUCGUAGCGAAAAACCUGACAGGAGCGUCGCGGUCGCAGGUAAUGGCCCCAACGGCUCCAAUGAGGGCUCAGUGGGCUCCUCCUCGAUGGGGACACUGGGGGCCAAGAAGAGGAAGCUUCCCGACAAGGCAAAGGCCAAGAAUGGCUCGAGUGGAUUGAGCUCUGCGCCAGAGUCCCCACCCCAGCGUCGUCGCCGCUCGUCCAACGGCCACUCAAAAUCAGACUCCGAGCCCGCCCCGGUGGAUUCCUCCAAGCUGCCAGCACAGUCUACACAACAGGACAAGCCGGUGCCGCCCAAAUCGCUCGAUAACAACAAAGUCGUGCCUAAUAAGCGGAAGCACCCCAAGGCCGAAUCUGACGACGAGGCAGAGCCUCCCAAGGUCCGCCGCCAGCGCACUUCAGGUUCUGGCCUCGACGCUUCCCGCAGACCCCAUCCUCCCCCACCGAACAAGUCUUCCUCCCAUCAUGAACCGCACGCCUCCACACGAACCAGAUCGGUUUCCCCCCACGCCCGAGCUCACCGUCGAAGCAUCUCAACUCAGCUUCCUGGUCAUACUGCCCACGGAUUGAGCCUGAAAAAGCGCCGCGUCCCUGUCCCCCUCCAUUCGGCCGACUACUUCUCUGAUGAGUCCUCGGAACGCGGGAGCCCUCAUCCGCGCAGCUCCAAACUGCGCAGUCUCGCUACCCCGGCCGCUGCCGAAUCCACACACUCGCCCGCUGGCAGAAUGGCGCCGCACAAGAAGCACCUGGACGCCCACGGCCAGACCUUCCUCGCCCGAGCCUGUGCCAAGGGCGAAUACAACGUCGCCAAGCAGAGGCUGCAGGAGCGCCCCGAGGACAUCGACGUUGCCGACUAUGCGGGCAACACUCCCCUCCAGAUCGCUGCAAUUAACGGUUUUGACGAUAUUGUGAAACUCCUUGUCGAAGCCGGCUGCAACCUCGAUUGCCUCAACAACGAAAAGGACACGCCGCUGAUAGAUGCAGUGGAGAACGGCCACUAUGAGGUCGUCAAGAUCCUGCUCGAUGCCGGAGUGAACCCGCGCAAGGCCAACGCAUAUGGUGAGGAGCCUAUUGACCGGGUUAACGAAGACCACGACAAUGCCGACGAUAUCAAACGCGCCAUCAACGAAGCAAAGCAGAGGAUGGGUGAGCGUAGGCCGACCUCUGAAGACCACCACUACGAUCACGCAACCGAUGCACGCUCAUCUCACGGUCCAGACAGCCCUCGGCAAUCACCUGCCUCUGCCUCAGUCAACCCGUCUAGUGGACGGCGUGCCGGUACCGUUCGCGCUACCAAGACCAGCAAUCAUCUUCUUUACAUGCCCAUGGAUGACAAGACGCUUCGUGCAGCCGCUGCCAAGGGAGAUGAGGAGACUGUCCUACGGAUUCUUCAGGUUCGGGACCAGUUCGACGACCCUGAAUCCAUGGUUGCUGCGGCUCGUGGUGGUCACGAUUUGGUCAUGCAGUUGCUGCUGGCUAUCGGAGGAGCAAACCCUGAUCCGCAACCCAUUUCGACCAACGAAUAUUCGACACCCAUUCUCGCCGCCAUAGGCCAAGAAAACAUCAAGGUCAUCCGGCUGCUUCUGGACCAAGCCAAUUUCGAUCCCACCAAGAAGUACAAGGGAGAGACCUACUAUGAGAUCGCGCGCAAGAGACGAGGUCCAAACUGGAUGCAAGAGGAACAUAUGCUGAAGGAGGCAUUCGACGAAUAUAAAAAGAAACCCGGUCCCAAUGCUAAGAGCCAGAGAUCGUCAAAUUCUCGGGAGACGGACCGCGAGCCUAGGCGCACACGAACCGAGAUCAAGGAUGACGCGCCAAAGUCCCAUCGGAGAAGAGCUUCAAGCCCCGUUAAAGAAGCCAAGAAAACGGUACCCUCGAAAGUCCCAGCUAGUCCUCGGGAGAAGAGGCGUUCGGAUUCCGUUGCCACUCACCAGGAAGAUCAGACAUCGCCCAAGCGCGGCCCUGGCCGGCCCAAGAAAGACGACAAGAUUCCAACCAUUGCCAUUUCCGAUCGUGAGGCAUCACCCGCAGGGAGAGUCGCCGCCAAAGCCAAACGUGCGGCAGAACAUGAUGUUGCCGCUGCAUCAUCCGAGGGAGAAACUCCAAAGCCGCGCCGUAAGCUGAUUUCUGGCAGGGAGCUCAAGGGUGAGCGUGAGAAGCAGCGUCGCGCCUCUGUCACAUCAAAUGGCUCUUCAUUCAGAGAUCAGCCAUCCAGUCCACGAGAUGAGUGUGAAAAGCCUCAAAUGAUGGAGAAGUAUCAUGACCGGACGAAGGCUAUCAGAAGGGACGAAUCUCGUGAUCGAUUAUCUGUUUCUGGUGAAACCUCCGGCAAGCGACACCGGGCCAGUGCAACCCCGCCACACCCGGGGUCUGCUGCGGAGAAGGAUAUGUCAGAAGUUCCUACUAAGAAGAGACGGUUGGAUGUUGAAGGCAAGGAAAGACGUCUCAAGCCCAACUUGGCCGAGGAUCGCCACCUGAAACCUUCUGUGUCCCGAGAAUCCAGCCUUGCAGCACCAUCUGACGGCAGAAUCAGAUCUCGUAGUAGAGACGACGAAGACCGGAGAUCGACAUCAAAACCCAGAAAGUCAGAAUCCACCUCAGAGCACGUUCGUCAUGAGUCCAGCAAGCCCACCAUCUCGGAACCCAGUAUCCACGUCAAAUCAGAAGACGGGGAUGUGGAAAUGGGAGACGCGGAUCAAUCCCCCCGGGAAGCAUCAAGUCGACAUAUCCUGGAAAAACGGAAGCUUAAUGAUGAAAUAAGAAAGAAGCAAGCUGAGAUGGAGGCAGAAGCUCGCGAACUGAAGAGAAAAGAGGAGGAAAGAAAGCGCAAAGAGGAAGAAAGAGAGCGCGAGAGGAAACACCUCGAGGACGAGUCCAGGCGUGCUGCUGAAGCUGAGAGGCAACGCCAAGAGGAAGAGCGGAAACAGCGACAAGCGGAAGAGGAUCGGAAACGGAGAGAGGAGGAAGAAAGGAAACAGCGCGAAGAGGAGGAGGCACGCGAACGCGAACGUGAGCGUGAGCGUGAGCGUGAGCGGAAGAGGAGGGAAGAGGAGGAGGAGCAGAAGAAGAGAGAGGCUGCAGAGAGGAAACGAAGGGAACAAGAGGAGGAAGAAAGGAGAAGACUGGAGCAUGAGGAGAAGGUCCGAAGAGAAAAGCUUGAACGGGAAGCGGCUGAUGAAGCACGCCGUAAGCGCGAGGAAGAACGCCGCAAGCGCGAGGAAGAGGAGCGCCAGGAAAAGGAGCGCAAGGAGAAGGCGUUGCGGGAAGAGGCGGAACGAAAGCGUGUCGCUGCUAAGGAGGCGGAAGAACGACGAAUUCGCCACGAGCAGGAGGUCAUUCGCAUCGCCAACUUGCCUCCUGCGCUCCGGUGGCUGGAAGGGGCUGCAAAUCCCAGAAUUCCACAGAUUGCUGAAAAGUUCAGCAUCAUGCAGGGAGUUCGGUACGACUGCAUCGAUCCCGAGGCAACUGGGACGCCAGAAGGCAGAGAGCAGUGGUUGCUCAACACGCAGAUUGCGCUGCUGUUGGGAGAGAAGGACCUGCGGCUCUCAAAAUACAACUCAUGGACAAGGAUACCGGUAUCAAAGAUCGCCAAGCGCGUGCUUUGGCAACUUGAGUCGGAUCGCUAUGCGCUGACAUCUCCGAAUCUUUACGACCUCGGCAAAGAGCUCCCUGGAUACUAUGGCACCGACGACACGGACAGCAUCGUCUACCGUGUGACGCAAAAGCUCCGAAGUGCUGCCUGGGAGAAAUUUGCUGCUUUGGAAAUGUUCUUUGUCAAGGCCUCGGAUUUCUUGCGUAUCAUCCCUACGAUGCCUCACCUACGGGACAUUCGGCUUAUUAUGGCCUAUCGCGAGCUUCCGGAGAGUGAAACAUACUUCAGCAACUUCCGGCCUUUGGAAAAGUGGAAGAAUGACCCGGAUGCGGGCCGAAACCAUGGCUUUGCACCUGGCAGCAAAUACUUUGUCAACGGCCAAUUCAUCUGGGAGGAGAGGCCGAAGGUCGGUAUGGUCAGCAAGAUGCCUUUCGAGGAAGAAAGGGUUCCCCGCCGCGGCCUAGCACCUGUGAGGCCGGAUGAUCCAGAGUACGCCGAACUCUGCAGGAAGCAAGGGCUUGGGCAUUUGUUGGGCGAGACUCAAGGCUCGCACCUCUUGUCCAACGGCCACCGGUCAGCAUCCCCCAUGAGCACGACUUCGUCUUCGAACCGCGUGAAUGGAAUCACAUCGCCAAGGGCUAGGGCUGUCAACGGGCACGCGCAUGGGCAUCACCCAAUAUCACCAUCUUCGGAGACUGGACCCGCGCAAGCUCGUCCGCUGCUUAAUGGCCAUCAUGGAAUGCUUAGCGGCGAUGAAGAGGAUUGAUGGGUUAUGAUGUGUGUCAAGGGUUGUUACGAUGUCGAGAUAUACUGGGUCACAAGAGGGAUGAGCUCAACUACGAAUGCGUUACGCCCAAAUCUGAGAGCUUUGCUGGUUUGUGUAUUGGGCGAGGUUAACCAAUGGGACA